AUGUCUUAUUACUAUCUUGAUGGAGGAAAUUUUGCAACUUUUCGUUUUGCAGAAAAUAAAAUUUUAUCAACUACGAUUCAAUCAUGUGCGCCAGAUUCAUAUGGUGUUAAUGCAUUUAGAUCACGCGAUACAUCAGGAAAUUCCACAGCAUUGAAUAUAAGUCAUUGUAAUUCUGAUAACACUCCAAUAUUUACUAUGUUUCCUUCGGGUGAUGAUUCAAUAAAAUAUUCAAUUUUUAAUGAAAAUUCAGCAGGAGAAGGGUCAAUAUAUGGUAAAAAAGAAUAUGAUUAUGAUACAUAUGGUAUUGCUGUUGUAUACUCUGGGAACUUUACGAUAGAAAGUUGUUGUUUUUCUAACAAUAGUGCAUCUUUUCUGAUUUAUUCAUCUCAUAGCGUUAAAGUUAUAUUUAAAAAUACAAUUUUUAUUGGCAAUAAAAAUGAUUAUAUUGCAUAUGCUGAUCAAGGAAAUAAUGGUCAAGGUAUCAGCGCUUCAGAAAUGUUUAUCAACAAUUGCUAUUUUGAAGAGGAAAAUACCAACUUAAAAGGAGCCACUGGCGGAAAAGUUUUAUAUGAUAGGGUAAAUAAUUAUUCGAUAAAAUCUGAAGUAAUCAACCAAAUCCAAAAUCAACUACGCACUGUUCCAAUAACAGAUGCGCAAUCUAUUUAUCAUUUAUGA